AUGGUCGAAUAUCACCAUGGCAAGGCCCUUAUGGAGAUGAUCCCCUUGGGGAUCAGUUCCAACACCGCGGCAUGGCUACUUGCCACCACUGGAAAGAAGAAAGAACAGCCGGGCCACAAUUGCCCAACCGGCGAAUUUACUAUCACACCACUGACAGACUUUGACUAUCGCAUGGUCAACCCAAUCGACUACCGACCUUUCAAGACCAUGCAGCACGUUUCAAUGGGGAUCAAGAAAAUGCCCAAGGAGGAGUGGAUCCGCAUUGACCGAGGCUACCUCGAUCGCAUCGAGGAACGUAAGCAGGUCAUGCAGACCAAUCCCAAGGAGGUCUUUGGGAGCAACCCCAUCGUCGACCCAGCCAUUGCAGAGCUUUACGAGGAAGUCAUGGACCUCUUACCCCGACGCUUUCCUACAAUGUUUGAUCUGCGCGGCAAAACCCUCCACAACAAGGCCACCAAUCAGUCCUAUUCUGUCGAUCUCGCGGGACUGACUCCGCUGACCAUGCUGCGCAAUCUGGGUGAGAACGUCGAAGAAGACUUUUAUAUCAUGUGUCCCGAUGCGGAAAAUGAGUUGAGACUGCAGGGCUACAUUGCCUGCUUCCCGGGAGGAUUCCUGAGCCCCUCGCGAGUAGGCAUGUCAAUGCGCGAGAUUCACCAGCCUGUACCUGGAUUUGACGCUCGUAUUGGCAAAGGUGCAGACCGAUUUCUUGUCCGCCUUGAGCCAGGAGACUUCGUGGGAAGGAUGAAUUGGAGUCUCCAGACCGACGGCCGGGAUCUCUUCCGCAUAGAUGGCAAUAAUUUCUAUCCCGAGAAGGAUGAUCAACUACCCCUCAAACCGCGUGCUGUCAACCUAGGCGACUGUUAUCUCCGGGUGGAGCAUCAGACUCUGACCCGGCUGGCGAGGUCGCGCGCAGUCAUCUUCUGUGUCCGCUCAUACAUGACCUCGCUGCAGGAUGUGCGAGCCGAGGGCAAUGGGCCCGCGCUCGCCGAUGCCAUCGAGAGUAUGCCGGAGAAAUUGGGUGUGUACAAGAUGCGGCCGCUUUGGAGUGAAACCAUCUAUCCUUACCUCCGUCAGCAGCAGAGCCUCUAA